AUGAAAAAGUACUACGUGUACCACCGAGUUGCUACCCCUUAUCAUCCACAAACAAGUGGCCAAGUUGAGGUCUCAAAUCACGAGUUGAAGCAGAUCCUAGAAAAGACGGUGAAUGGGACUCGAAAAUAUUGGUCUCUCAAGUUGGAUGAUGCCUUAUGGGCCUACUGCACGACACUUAAGACACCACUCGGUAUGUCACCUUAUCGAAUUGUGCAUGGUAAAGGGUGUCACUUGCCGGUUGAAUUGGAACACAAGGCCUAUUGGGCGAUUAAAAAGUUGAAUUAUGACUUUAAGGCGGCGGGUGAGAAGCGUUUCUUGCAACUCAAUGAGUUGGAUGAAUUCCAAUUCGAUGCUUAUGAGAAUGCCAAGCUUUAUAAAGAGAGAAAAAAGAAAUGGCAUGACGCUCACAUCUGGCCAAAGUCUUUUGAGGUAGGAGCCUUUGUGUUGUUGUACAAUUCGAAGUUGUGGUUGUUUCCGGGAAAAGUGAAAUCUCGGUGGAGUGGACCUUUCAAGAUUCGGAACGUGGCGAAUCAUGGUGCCUUGGAACUUGAAAAUCAAAGGGGUGAAAAGUGUAAGGCCAACGGACACCGUUUCAAGCCCUAUCAAGGACCUUUAACGGAUCAAAUAGGCGAAAAAGCUUAUCUCGCCCCCCUUUCGAAAAGUGAAAAAUGGGCAAAAAGUAAAAAUCCGAAAAAUAUAAAAUGGUUCGAAGCAAAAACACAAGUAAUCGCCCUAUCCGCUCAACCAAGGGGCGAUGAAGAGCCCGAGUUAGCACCACUUCCACCUACCGGAAGACCACGCAAAGCCCGUGUCUCUAAAGUUACCACUUCAAGGGCCGCCGCUACUACUUCCGGGGUUCUACCAACAACCACGGCGGGAGUAACUCGUCAUUUUAGCAUUUGA